AUGUCAAAGAAAAAUUGCACAGUAACAAAAUAUCUUCUUUCAAUUAAAAACACCGUAGAUUCAUUAGCAGCUGUUGGUUCACCAAUUUCUGGGGAUGAGCAUAUUGAGGCCAUUCUUGAUGGACUUCCGAAAGAAUUUGAUUCUUUUAUCACAUCUAUUACAUCCCUUUUGGAUCCUUACUUAGUGGAUGAUAUUGAGGCAUUGUUAUUAGCACAAGAAGAAAGGUUUGACAAACACCAAAAGAUAGAGCACAAUUUUGUUCAAGCAAAUACUGCAACAGUAAAUUCUCAAAUGGGAAAUUUUGGAAGAGGAAGAGGAGAACAAAAAUAUGUUUGUGGUGCUAACUAUGGUCGUGGAGGAAGAAAUAAUAAUAGAGGAGGCUUCAAUAACUAUAGAAGAGGAAGAAAUACAUCAGGAAGAGGCUUUGACAGGAAUAGUUGGUUUCAAUCCAAUCAAAACAAUUGGAAUAAUCCUAAACCACAGUGUCAAAUCUGUGGAAAUUUUGGGCAUGUGGCUAUUGAUUGUUGGCAGAGGUUUAAUCAAGACUUUUAUCAACCUCCACGGGCUAAUACCUCACUGUUUCAUUCUAGUGCAUUGGUUUAUUCUUAUCAAGGAAACAUUGCCAUUCCAUCAACUGUUCAAGAUCCUUUGUGGUAUCUUGAUAGUGGGACCUCACAUCAUAUGACCAAUGAUGAAGCUAAUCUCUCAGCUAAAUCCUCCUAUCAAGGCUCAGACAAUGUCAAAAUUGGUAAUGGUGCAGGUUUGCCAAUAUAUGCACUGCCCACAAGAACAUCAUUGGAAGGUAGUGAAAAGAAUUAUGAGUCACUAUUAAGUGAAUUAAUGGUUCCAAAGUCUCUACCCAGAAUUUACUGUGACAAUUUAAGUGCAGUACUCAUUACUGCCAAUCCUGUGUUGCACUCGAAAACUAAACACUUUGAGCUGGAUUUGCACUUUGUGAGAGAUAAAGUCAAAAAGAAUGAAGUAAGAGUUAUUCAUCUUCAUGCAGAAUACCAAGUUGCAGAUACACUUACAAAACCUCUAGCUAAACAACAAUUUCAGCAUUUUCGAAACAAACUCAUGGUUGCCACUUUGGACACCAUGAGUUUGAGGGGAGAUGUUAAGGGUAAAGGAUGA